UGUCAUUGUCGUAUGAAAAAAUUGUGCAAAUGAAUAAGCACUGACACACUGAAGAAGAAGAAGUACUGUGUACAGUGACCAUUUUAACACCUAGCAGGCGAGUGACGGUGGUGGGUUUAACACUUAAAGGCUCUCAAAUGUCUCAUAGCUCCAAGCAGUGCCAAGCCCCCACCCCAAACACUUGACCCCUGCUGACGUAGGCUGUCCAUUUACAUUUAGGGACACCGGCUCACUCCAUUCUUAAUACUAUUUCUAGUGUGGAGAGAAGCAGGCACCGGGGAUAAAGUGUGAGAGAAACAGAGAAGAAAAGCUCACUUUACUUGAGUUUUAAGUUUUAGAGAUUUAACAGUUUUAUCUGUUUUGUUGGUGGUCAGAGAUUUUUGAUCUUGAAUCACUUCUGUUCCACUGUUCCACUAUUCUGUGUUUUAAUUAGUUUGCACACCAACGGUCAGCGCUGAAGGGUAGAACUGGCUACGAUUUUUGAGAAAGGCUUUUUGUCUGUUUCACGGACGCUCUUGUUCCGAUUUUCAUCUCGAGUUGGUGUCUUAACGUGAUUUUUUUUAUAUCACCUGAAGCCAUGAGUUCCUUGGUCACGAGCACAGUAGGAGAUGGCAACAGCUCAAGCUUUGACCUCAUCCAAAAUCGGAUUGAGUCACUGAGCAGCAAGAUGGACAAGCUCAUCAACAUUCAAGAAAAGGUCCUGUACCGACUGGAUGGGAUGUCUCAGGACAUUGAUGACAUUGAAAAGGAUAUGGAGAAUAUUAAGGUUGACAAGGAGGAGAUCCAUCUUCCACCCAGGAUGGUAAACCAGACCCAGGUCAUGGGGCGAGAGGUGAGGGAGAUAUGUCAGGAGAUGAGCACCAUAAUGUCAGUGGUGAACCAGCGCUCCGAGCAGCAGGCUCAGAAGCUCGAAGGGAUGGAGAAACUGGUCCUCAGUAUGCAGCAGGUGAUUAGCUUCAUCGGUGAGACAGUGAAGAGUUCGAGGGUUAUGGAGCUGGUGUUCAAAGGGCCUACAGCUCGGAAGGGCUCUAAACACAAAGACAAUAAAGGCAAGCAAGCAAUUAAGAGGAAAUCGUCUGCAGAAACAAUAAACAAGAAGCUUGACAAGAAACCUACCUCUAAUAUAGCCAGUAAAAGGACUCAGGAGAUAAUUCCUGCAUGUGAGCCCACUUCUCCACAGCCUUCUCACAAGAUAAAGCUCCGCGGACCAAAGCAUUUCCUCGCCUCUCGCAAAUGUGGAAACUUCUUGAAGGACCACAAAGGUAAAGAUGGGACAGAAAAACCAUGUUUGAGCCCCAAAGGUCUGAAAGCUCAAAAUAAGAUGAAGCCGCCUGACACAGCAGAAAACAUUUCCCUUAAGAAGCAGAUGUUGCUUCUCCAAGAGGUGCAGAAACUCAAUAGGGAGAAUACAGAGAAAUCAGGUCAGCAGCUCACCCUUGGAUUUAUGGAUCUGGAGGCUGGAGUGCCCCCUAAAGAGCAACAACCCGAUGCCCCUGCUUGUAACUUGGUGAACUACCUGCGUGAAGAUUCCCAACUGGCUGUGGUGGAGAAAGAUGAAGUUGCUGGGGCAGUGAUUAAGGAAGAAGUUGUGGAAAAGGUGCAAGAGGCAGAGGAGGUAACAGUUGCAGAGAAGGAACCCAAGCUUGAUGUGGAAGAAAGAGAAGAAGAAAAGCUCCCAGUCAUAGAGGAAAAGAAAGAAGAGAUUGUUUCUCUUGAUGAAGAUGAAAAAGAACAGACUGCUACAAGCAGUGAUGACCAAAAAGAUGCAUCCCCAUCUCCAGAGGCCACCAAGCAGGACCAGAUGUCAGAGGUCAGCAGCACAAGUGCCCAGUCCUUCGUAACUGAGGAACAGUUUGUAGUGGAGGAACACACAGAGAGCCAAAUGGUGGUGGAGGAGGAGGAGAAGGAAGACAACGAGGAAGACGAACAGAAGCUUGAGUCUGACGGCUGGGCCGUCUUCAGGGCAGACGGAGUUGAAUUCCAGUUAAACUUAAAACAAAGGGUGGAGAAAGAGAGAAAGGACAACGAUGCCUUACAAGAUACAGAGGAAGAAAAUGAUGACAAUGCAGAGCGGUAUUUUAUUGACACCACCCCUCCUCCAGCAGCUCCUUUUAACCACCGCAUCGUUUCUGCAAAGCCCAACCAGAUCAUCAAUUUCUACACCAUCAACUGGCAGGAGGUCCUGGGAGGGGGUCGUUUUGGCCAAGUCCACAAAUGUGUUGAAAACUCUUCUGGUCUCACUUUGGCAGCAAAGGUCAUCAAAGCCCGGAGUCUGAAAGAAAAGGAGGUGGUGAAGAAUGAGAUCCAGGUCAUGAAUAAUUUGGACCAUGCCAACCUGAUCCAGCUCUAUGCAGCUUAUGAGUCAAGGAAUGACAUCAUCCUUGUACUUGAAUAUGUUGGUGGAGGGGAGCUGUUUGACAGGAUCAUUGAUGAAAACUACACCUUGAUGGAGCUGGACGCUGUGGUGUUCAUCAGGCAGAUCUGCGAGGGCCUGCAGCACAUGCAUAAAAUGUACAUCCUACACCUGGACUUGAAGCCUGAAAACAUUCUGUGCGUGAGCAGACUCACGAAUAAAAUCAAAAUCAUCGACUUUGGUCUCGCGAGGAUAUACAAACCAAGGGAGAAACUGCGAGUGAAUUUUGGCACUCCUGAGUUUCUCGCACCCGAGGUCAUCAACUACGACUUUGUGUCAUUCAACACAGACAUGUGGAGCCUCGGCGUCAUCACCUACAUGCUUCUGAGCGGUCUCUGUCCAUUCCUUGGUGACGACGACAACCAGACUCUGAACAACAUCUUGGCUUGUAAGUGGAACUUUGAUGAACCAGAGUUUGCAGAUACAUCUGAGGAAGCCAAAGACUUUAUCUCCAGACUGCUCCUCGUGAAUAAAGGUUGGAGGAUGGGAGCAUCUGAGGCCUUAAGACAUCCUUGGUUAUCUGACCCAGUCCUCCACCAUCGCCUUCAUACAAAGAAAACUAUGUGCAGAUCACGGCGAUCAUCAUGCGUGCCCACAACAGAUAGUUGAGGGCUACAAUGAUGUGAUGGCUUCAGCUGUGGCCACUUGGACCAACCCUCCUGUACAUGUAAAUUCAACCUGAUCUUGAUUCCAUGCACCUGAGGCAUGGGCUGAAACUCUGGCUACCCCACAAACAUUUUCCUGACAUGUGAGCCACUGUGCUGUGUUAAUGUAAGCAGUACACAGACAAAACAGUUUUGUUUAAUCGCAAUUUAAUAGUGGGUAGACUUCAUGAAAAUGUCUUUUCCACGUGUAAUAACAUUUACUUAAUUAAUCAUAACUGUAAAGCUGGAGAAAAAUAACAAAAAAAAAAAAUCUCAGAUGAUUAAUUAAGCCAGUAAAAUACAAUAAAUACUAUGAUGUUCAGUUGUAUUUGAAACUGUGUCAGAUGCCAACUCAGUUGUUUGUGGUGGUGAUGCAUUGGAUUGCAUUACUUUGUAAAGUGUUUCACCCCCUUUUAUACGGCAUUUCAAAACGGUGCUAAUUUCAUAACUGGUCUCACUUCAUCCGACAUGUAUUAGCUUGACUGUGUGUGGCACCUUUUCCCUGUAAGUUGCAUGAACCCAGUGUCCUACCUACUUCACUUUAAAAUAUGUUCUCAGUAAGCCAUCUUUAUACACCUCUAACCAAACAAGUGUUAUUAUUUGCUGCUGUUUUCAAAUUUUUUGAUAGUUAAGAACUGUAGAAACAUACCUCAACUGCUUCUGUAUGAAGGCUGCAGCAUGACUCGUAUCAUGUGACUGGUGUAAUUUGUGUUGCCUUUCUCCCUACUUAGUUACAGGCAUUAUCUGCUAUCUUUUUUUGGGCUGUAAAUAUAUACUGAUAUAACUUGUAUAUCUUACAUCUUAGGAGACAAAUUUGCUGAAUGUGCAUUGUACGUAUGGACAGAAUGAAAUUUGUGUGGUCGGUGUCAUGAGUUGUAGUAUGUGCACUUUAUAAUGUUAUUUAUUUAAACAUAGAUUACACGUGAUGCUACCGUAGUUCCACUGAAAAAGUUUGUGCGGUCAUAUCUUUUUCAUCCUGCUUUGCCCACAUGUUUAUAAAGAAAAUACAUUUUUACUUUAUCACAAACAGCUCACCAGCACAGUUUAUGUCUUAUCAGCAUAGUGUACUAUUUUAAUUCUUUGCUGCAUGUCUCUGUGUGUUUUUUUAAAGCAGACACUGAAGCUUAAACUUGAUACACAGAGAAAUAACUUUUUUUAAACUUUAUUUUUUAAUCGUAUCGUGUGCUUGAGCUGUCGUACCAUU